AAAAAGAGGAUCUUAUGGUUAGAAUUAUGAAAUUGGAACAGAAGCUGAUAUCUAAGAAAAAUCGUAAAUUUCAGAAUAAAUGUAUUCAGAUAGCUAAAGAAAUUCUUAAUGAAGAACCUAUAGUUGAGUAUCGUCCUUCUUUCUUGAAUGGGUUAGAACUUGAUGCCUUCUUUCAAAAAUACCAAAUUGCAUUAGAGGUACAGGGGGCUCAGCAUCGGCUCCAUAGCACUAGCUGGUAUAAAGAUGUCAAAAAGCUCGAGGAUAUUGUUAAUCGUGAUCGGCUAAAAAGAUGUAUAUGCCAAAAUAACGGAAUUUUUCUUAUCGAAAUAUGGUACGAUGAAAGACCAGAAAAAGUUAUCCCCAAAAGAAUACAAAAAAUUAAAAGUUUCGUUAACCAAGCUUCCGAAAUUUUCGAUCUAAAUAAUAUAUCUAAAACGUUUAAUACCAAAAGUUGGCGUAAACAAUAUCCUACGUUCGUUGGACCUCGCCCACUUGGGUGGACUCCUUCGUUCGAUAUGGGUAUCCUACGACCGUUGGAUCCUGUUCACUCCCUCGGUUCGAUGUAUGGAAUGAGAAUGAACAUUUCGGAAUCAAUUGCAAAUUACUUUCAUGAGACUUUAUGGGGAAAAUGGGACCUUUUCGGCUGUUUCGAUUGUGUGUUAGAGACUUGUAAGGAUAUUACGAGCGAGGAUUGUGAGAAGAUUAAAACAGAAUUAAGAUUUCAUCUCCGUUCAAUCAGUACUCAUAACUCGAUGAGCCAGAAAGUCCAUAAUAAGGCAAAUAGACUUCUGGAUGGGUUAGAUCAAUUUUUCCAGUCCAAAAGGGUUACAAUGAUUUUUGAUGAAAGGGAUGCGGAGGUUAAUGAAAAGAUGUUAAACACUAAAUCGAAACUGUACGGUUCGGAGGUUAAUGUUCAUGUGGCUUGUGACAAGCUUGCAUCUUUAUAUUCAAUGAGCUCUUCUACAGAGAAAUCAUUGUCAGUUUUUCAGAAAAUACAUGAAGAUGAUGAACUUAACGAGAAAUGUACUUCGUCAAGUCCUUUACAAGACAGUUAUAUGAAAGAUCCUAAUUAUUUUGACAGUCUUGUAGAUAACGUAGAUCUAUCUUACAUUGGAAGUGAGGAAGAGCCUAUAUCAGCAUGCAUAAAACCUACAGUUUCAGUUACUAACAGUUGGGAUUCCUUUAAAAUAGAUGAUGUUGAUAUUGUAAAAUUUUUUGAGUCUUUACGUGAUUCCUUACCGAAAAAAGAUUCCGAAGUUCAUCCACAGUAUUGGGGAGUUCUUGAUUUGACUGGACAACACAAGCCAACGAGGAAUAAAUUUAUUUCAAUAUGGGGUGAACUCGUAAAUAAUUUCCUACUAAAUGUAGCAUGGAAAAUGGUGGGACUUGACCAGUCCGAAAGUGACUUUUUUGAUAAUAUCGAGGAUAUAAAGGCACAACAAAGGGUACCAAUACUGCAUGCGCAUUUGAAAUCAUAUCUUGAACAUCUUAAAUUACCGAUAAACGAAGGGGAGCUUAUGAUUCAUAUUGUGGCUCCUGCUUUUAGAAUGAGCAUGGACAGAAAUCAAGAGAAGUUUCGAAAACUUUGGUGUGAACAACAAUUAGUAGCAAGUCAGGAAAGGCGUAGAGUUAACCAAGAUCCAAAUAAUGAUCGUGCUCGUAUCGGACAAAAAACAGAUUUAAUUGUUACAUUGCCAACUGGUCCAGCCUUAGAGGGCUUUAUUUGUGAAGUUUCAGGAGGACUUCCAGCAGGAUGUCCCAAAAAAAUUUGGACAGACAAAUUAAAAAUCAUGGUCGGGAUGCGUGACAUGAUAAAUAGAAUAAUAAAAACGUUUCCUGGUCUAUUACCAGAGGAUUAUAUGAAAAUUAUGGUUUUUGGUUGUCAAGUAAUAGGAUUACAGAUAAACCUUUACGCAAUGGAUGUUCGAGCAUAUGGGGUCUAUCGUUUUGGAUUAAUUGAUAAAGCAUUUUUACCGGCUUCAACACAAGAGUUAUCAUCAUAUGAGUCAGUACAUACGAUGAUGCGUUCCUUAGAGUGCCGAUUAAGUAAUCUUACGGAUUAUUGCUCGGAGAUUAAAGUUAAACAUGCAAAACUGAGGCGAAAACGUGAUUACUCUUAUCAAGAAGACAAUUUUGCCUUUACAAAUGAUACUCCGCGCACAUCCUUUCAUAAAAAAAUGAGAUCAGAAACUGACAAAUGA